AUGCAUUUCUCUACACUCUUUGCCUCUGCGGGCCUCAUCAGCUCUGCCUUUGCUGGCCUUUUACCUCGAUCUUACAGAGUCCCUUCAUCCAACGGCUUCCCCAACCCUGAUCAGGAGCAGCUUAACACUAUCAACCUCCAGGCUGGCGGUAAACUACCUGGCGCUCCUCUUCCCACCUCUCUUGGUGAUGGCUCCACAGUAGCUUUCCAGCUCAUCGCAUUCAAUGAGCUUUUUGAGACUGCCUACUUCAGCUCUCUUCUCUACAACGUGACCGAAGGUGUAGAGAACUACCAAGUUGAUGGCGAUAAGCUUGCGGAAGCUCAGAAGAUUCUUAAGACUGUCAUUGCUCAAGAGGAGCACCAUGCUCUUGGUGCCCUAGCCACGCUCAAGUCAGCGGGCAAGUUUGCUCCUUCGCCUUGCAAAUACCAGUUCCCCGUCGAUAACCUCAAGGAUGCUAUUCUCCUGGCCGGUACCUUUACAGAUGUUGUCCUCGGUGCUCUUCAGGAUGCCAAUGUCAUCUUCAGCAAGGAGGGUGCUCCUGAGGUUGUCCGCCUCAUCUCAUCGGUCAUUGGCCAGGAGGGUGAGCAGAACGGUUUCUACCGCCUCUAUCUCGAUCAAGUCCCCUCUGAGUCCCCCUUCCUGACUACUGUCCCCGCUGCCUUUGCCUGGUCUGCUCUCCAGGCCUUUGUCGUCCCUGGAUCAUGCACUGAGGACAUCAGCCAAAUCAAGCUGCCCAUCUUCCCUGGCCUGAUGGUCAACGGUGGCGCCAUUGCUGUUCUUGAGCCCAAGGACCAGACCCUCUCCUUCAGCGCCACUCUCGACAAGUCCCACAGCGGCGAGGACCUCUACAUUACCUACACCACCGGCCAGCAGCUUCCUUACAGCGUCAAGGCCGAGAACGUCAAAUGGGAUGGAGCUUCUGUCACUCUUGAUGCCAAUUUCCCCUUCUUCGAGCUUGUCGCUUCAGGCUUCUCCCAUGCUGCUUUGACCACUUCCAACAACAUCUCGACUCCCGAUGACGUUCCCACCUACACUCUCGCUGCUCCCGGUCUCAUCCAGGUCCAAAACCCUCUGACCGGUGACGAGAAGGGCUACUAA